GGGAGGGGUAGAGGGGGGGCGGUACUGUGAUACUCGUAAGUUACACGGGGCUAGAAACGGGCGGGCAAGAGAAACAAAAGUAUAAUUUUCCAACAGCGAGUUCAUUUCGCUAUUUUGUUGUAGGUAAAUUGAGCAGACCGACGCUACAAGGCCAGGGUAUAGGGUUAGGACUAAUUUUGAAGUUUAAUUAAUUUUUCUAUAAAGGAGUCGUCGUGCGGCGGUUGCUAGGAUUUGAGGUUCGAAGGGGUUUGAGAUGGAGGCUGUCGGGAAAUUUGAUUUCAACGCCACAGCGGAAGACGAGCUAAGCUUCCGAAAAGGGGACGUCUUGAAGAUUUUGGGGAAUCAAGACGAUUGGUUUAAGGCUGAGCUGCACGGACACGAAGGGUUUGUCCCCCGAAAUUACAUCGAAAGGCGCACCCCUGGCUGGUUUCACGAGGGCCUCACCAGACAGGCGGCUGAGGAGAUCCUGAAGGUCAGAGAUGUGGGAGCCUUCGUGAUUCGAGGCAGUCAGAGCUCACCUGGGGACUUCUCCAUAUCAGUCAGACAUGAAACGGACGUCCAGCACUUCAAGGUCAUGAAGGACGGCAAAGGAAGCUACUUUCUGUGGACUGAGAAAUUCCCUUCUUUAAACCAGCUGGUGGAGUUCUACAAGAUGACCUCCAUCUCCAAGCAGAAGCAGAUCUUCUUAGUGGACGGGACCAGAGAGGAGGGGAAGCGAGGGAGUUUGGAGGAGAGGUUUGAAAGCGCUCCACCGACCCAGAGACGGCAGUCUGAGAUCCCCGUCACACACCAGAUGAAAAGAGGCAGCCUGGAGGAGAGAGCCCAGACUGGGGGGGGCUUUGGGAAUUCCAGUGGCUUGCCCCCCCCACCCAGACGACAGUCUGACCCCCCCCAGUGCUCUGGUGGUUUGCGUGUUCGGGGUCUCUACGACUUCAUAGCGGAGGAGAGUGACGAGCUGGGGUUCCGUGCUGGCGAUGUCAUCGAGGUGCUUGACCAAUCGGACUCUGCCUGGUGGCGAGGUCGCCUGAGAGGCCAGACGGGGCUCUUCCCCUCCAAUUACAUCACUCCAUUGUGACAUCACUGGGGCCGGCCAGCCAAUGACAGGAAACUGAGAAUUACGCACCAUUGGGUUGAAAGCAGCAGAAGCUGACCAAAGCGAUUUCCGUUAGAUUUCAGUGGACUUCCAUUCGCUGGAGAAAUACAAAAAUAAACUUUAUCAAUUCAGUGCCUAACGUUUCCACUAGAAGUCUCUCUCAGUGUCUUCAGUGU